AAGCGACAUUGAGGAAAAGUUAUCAGUUGAGAGGAGCAUCGAGCAGUGGGAGUUUGAUUGGAGAACCGUUCGGUAGCUUUUUUGGACUUUUUUUUUGUUAUACCCUCGUCUUAUCUCAAGUCAGAGAUUCAUUUUCAUUCAACUGCUAGCCGACAAAGUGCGUGGUGGUUACAAGAUUUAGCAAUAAAAAGAAGAAUGUCUCUUAGUGCGUCAACUGUUAAAACAACCCCCUACGAGGGUCAGAAGCCUGGAACUAGUGGACUUCGCAAAAAGGUGAAAGUUUUCGUUGAGCCAAAUUACACCGAGAAUUUUAUCCAGUGUAUCCUCGAUGCCAAUGGCAGUGCUAUCAAUGGAUCUCUCUUGGUUGUCGGCGGAGAUGGACGUUACUAUUGCAAGAAGGCAACUGAAAUUAUCGUCCGAAUGUGUGCCGCCAAUGGAGUUUCAAGGUUGCUAGUUGGUCAGAAUGGAAUUUUGUCAACACCAGCUGUUUCAAGUCUUAUUCGCCAUAACAAAGCUUUAGGUGGCAUUGUUCUUACUGCUUCUCACAAUCCCGGUGGCCCUGAGAAUGAUUUCGGAAUCAAAUUCAACUGUGAAAAUGGUGGACCAGCUCCAGAUGCCUUCACCAACAAGAUCUAUGAUCUAUCAACUGCCAUCAAAGAGUACAAAAUUAUUGCUGAUCUUCAAAUUGAUAUUGGAAAAACUGGAACAACUACUUUUGAUAUCAGCGGAAAACCAUUUGUUGUGGAAGUUAUCGAUUCUGUGACGAACUACGUCAAUCACAUGAAAGAAAUCUUUGAUUUUGCUAAAUUGCGUGACUAUGUCAGCGGGAAGACAACUGGCAAGCCACUCAAAAUGCGUAUUGAUUCAAUGAACGGUGUCACUGGAUCCUAUGUGCGUGAGAUCUUCCUCACCAAUUUGGGUGCCACUGAGGAUUGUGUUGUGCACACAACUCCUCUCGAAGACUUUGGUGGUCUUCAUCCCGAUCCAAAUCUAACCUAUGCCAAGGAUUUGGUGGAAACUGUGGCAAAGGGUGACUACGAUAUUGGAGCUGCUUUCGAUGGCGAUGGUGAUCGUAACAUGAUCAUUGGAAAUAAGGCCUUCUUUGUGACUCCCAGUGACUCGCUGGCAGUGAUUGCUCACUACUUGGAGUGUAUACCAUAUUUCCAAAAUAAUGGUGUGCAAGGAUUCGCCCGUAGUAUGCCAACUGCUUCAGCUGUCGAUUUGGUUGGAGCCAAGUUGGGCAAAGAGGUGUUUGAAGUUCCAACUGGAUGGAAGUACUUUGGUAACCUCAUGGAUGCCGGUCGUCUGUGUCUAUGCGGAGAAGAGAGUUUCGGAACAGGAUCGAAUCACAUCCGUGAGAAAGACGGAAUCUGGGCUGUGUUAGCUUGGCUAUCGGUUAUGCAACACACCGGCAAAGGUAUCGAGGAGAUCCUCAAGAACCAUUGGUCAAUUUAUGGACGUAACUAUUUCACUCGAUACGAUUACGAGGAAUGUGAUUUGGAGCCAUGCAACCAAAUGAUGGCAACUAUGGAGAAAACCAUCACUGAUCCCGCCUUCGCUGGGAAAUCAUACUCCAGCGGUGGCAAGUCGUAUAAGGUUAAGGUUGCCGAUAACUUCAGCUACACCGAUCCCGUUGAUAAGUCAGUCUCCAGCAAACAAGGAUUGAGAAUUGUCUUCGAAGACGGCAGUCGUAUUGUGAUGCGUUUGAGUGGAACUGGAAGCUCUGGAGCUACUGUUCGUUUGUACAUCGAUUCCUAUGAGAAAGACAAUGUUUUGGGUAAAGCAAGUGAAAUGUUGAAGCCUCUUAUCGAUAUUGCUCUGGAGAUCUCACAACUUCCUAAAUUCACCGGACGUAAUGCCCCAACUGUUAUAACAUAAGAGAACAAAAGUACAAUUAUUUUUGAUGAUGCAUCCUUUAAUAAUUAUUCUACCUCAAAGUUUUUGAUCUUAGAGGAUUAGAAUGUGGUUUUUUAAAGUUUUAUUAUUUCCCCUUUUUGCAUUUGUUCUUCUCUCCUAAAACUGGUUAAAGUUGUUGAAAAAUAAAUGUUUUUGUUUCGUUAA